AGUCAGCCCACAAAAGCACCAGACGGAUUCGAGUGGCAACUUCAGUGCUCCAGUAAUCAUCGCAGAAAACUGUAAAUUCACGGAAGCAUCUGGUAGAAAUCUCUUUUUUCUAGGAGAUAUUGUGCCUAUUUUUAAGAAAAAAUGGGACAAAAUCAAUCAGCCGGAGGUGGCGGCGAUAAAAAGGAUGACAAAGACAAGAAGAAGAAAUACGAGCCCCCGAUUCCGACGCGCGUUGGAAAGAAAAAGCGGAAGAACAAGGGUCCGGAUGCCGCCAUGAAAUUACCCCAGGUCACUCCUCAUACUCGGUGUCGUUUGAAGUUGUUGAAAUUGGAGCGCAUCAAGGAUUAUUUGCUGAUGGAGGAGGAAUUCAUUCGUAACCAGGAACGACUAAAGCCCCAGGAUGAAAAGAACGAAGAGGAACGUUCCAAAGUCGAUGAUCUGCGAGGAACGCCAAUGUCUGUGGGCAACUUGGAGGAAAUCAUAGACGAUAAUCAUGCGAUUGUGUCCACUUCCGUCGGAAGUGAGCAUUACGUUAGCAUCCUGUCUUUCGUUGAUAAAGAUCAAUUGGAACCGGGGUGUUCGGUCUUACUGAAUCAUAAGGUUCAUGCCGUGGUCGGAGUGCUGGGAGACGAUACUGACCCGAUGGUUACCGUUAUGAAGCUGGAGAAGGCUCCCCAGGAAACGUAUGCCGAUAUUGGAGGGUUAGACACUCAGAUUCAAGAAAUCAAGGAAUCCGUAGAGUUGCCUUUGACUCAUCCCGAAUACUACGAAGAAAUGGGUAUAAAACCGCCGAAGGGAGUUAUCCUCUAUGGACCUCCAGGAACGGGUAAAACACUACUCGCCAAGGCCGUGGCCAAUCAAACUUCAGCGACAUUUUUGCGAGUGGUCGGAUCGGAGUUGAUCCAGAAGUACUUGGGUGAUGGACCCAAACUGGUUCGAGAACUAUUCCGUGUCGCUGAGGAACAUGCUCCUUCAAUUGUCUUCAUUGACGAAAUCGAUGCAGUAGGCACAAAACGUUACGAUUCUAAUUCCGGAGGAGAACGUGAGAUCCAGAGAACCAUGUUGGAACUGCUGAACCAGCUGGACGGUUUCGAUUCACGCGGGGAUGUGAAGGUUAUUAUGGCAACCAAUCGCAUUGAAACUCUCGAUCCAGCUUUGAUUCGUCCUGGUCGUAUUGAUCGCAAGAUUGAGUUCCCACUUCCGGACGAGAAAACCAAGCGUCGUAUUUUUAACAUUCACACCGCCCGUAUGACGUUGGCAGAUGAUGUGAACCUUUCCGAGCUGAUUAUGGCCAAGGAUGACCUUUCCGGGGCCGACAUCAAAGCCAUCUGCACUGAAGCGGGUCUGAUGGCUUUACGUGAGCGCCGUAUGAAAGUGACGAACGAAGACUUUAAAAAAUCCAAGGAAAGUGUCCUUUACCGCAAGAAGGAAGGAACUCCCGAAGGAUUGUAUCUCUAGGUUGGUAUAUGUCAUGUGCAUUAGCCGUAUUAUAUUCAGAUUUGCUUUUGUCUGAUCAUUUAAUAAACUCAAAUGAAAGAAAAGUAGAUGA